GCUUAACCAGACACAAUGGAAAAUGCACACAUGGGAAGAUCAUGUAAUUUUCUUGUUUCUUUUCUUCUCCAGGUGUAUGAGGCAAAAGCCAAAAAGCCUGACAUUGUUCUCACAAUUGUGGAGUCUGGAUACUUGAUGAUAUUUCAGGGAGAAGAAAGUUUGACUACUGUACCUUUGAGUCGUGACUCUGAUCAUGUCAAAGUUAACCAAAAAUCUGAUAAUUUAAUGCUUCGUUUCACCAUGAAGGGUGAGAGCCGUAUUAUUAGAAUGCAGUUUGAUGGAAAGAGAAGGGAAGAGGCCCAAAAAGCAUGUUCAAGUGCAAUGGAAAAACUGAUGGAGUACUUGCCUGUCACCAGUCAUGAGGACACCCCGUUGCCCCCUAAUCAGACCCCUGCUGAAGUCUUUGCCCCAGUGAUGCAGGUUGCCAACUUUGUCAUUCACUACAUAAAACCUGUAUAUAUAUAUAUAUCUGGCUCUGAAACUGAUAGUGCUGUUGGAGAUGAGUCUGAGGUUGUCCAGGGCUCAUUGUCUCUUAAAGAACUUGCUCAGUCUGGUCAGUUAACUUUCCAUUCAUUCAUUCAUUUCACUAAUAUUUUCCUCGGAUUUUCACAGCACUUCAUGGGAGAGACUGCUGUGAGCCUGCCUCUAAUGUACUGCCACAGUUUGUUGGCACAAGGUGACUUUGAGACCGUCGUGCGUGCUUGUUUACUGGAUCCCAGUUUUCCUGCAUUUGUUGAGAAAGUGGAGGGCGAGCUGAAGAAACUGCUUCAAGAGUGAAGAAUCACAACAACAGCUUAAAGCAGUAAGGUCAAGUCAGUGUGAUGUUUUUGUUGGCUGUUUUUUCUUCCACAGUAUGUGUAGGCAGUGCCUUGUGUAGCAGUGAAAUGUUUCUCACUGUACUAGCAUGUUGACUGAAAUAUAUUACAUAUUCCUUGUUAAAAUGUAAAAAGCCUGGGAGAAAACUUUAGAUAGAAUUGAAUUUAGGCAAUUACAGAAGGAGCCUGGAAAAAAAUUCUGACUACAUUUUUUACAUUUUUAUUCAGAAAAAAAAUAUUGGUCUCACUCAUAUGUUUGAUCGUGGCUAUAUGCUCUGGUCCCUCUGUUCCCAACUUAAUGCAGGUCCUUUUCCACCGCAACACACAUGGAUACAUUGUAUUGAAAGAGGAGUCAUGCAGCUACAGCAGUGAAUUUUGCUAUGCCAACUUCCAAGUGAUCCCACAAUAUUAAAGCUUCACUGAGUGAAACAAACUGCUCUCCAUAUAUCUAUUUAAGAAUACAUAUUGCAUAGAAUUAUAGCCAUGCUAUACAGUUAAUGAGAGGCAAAAAUAAAAAUCAAUUGAUGAAAUUGGGAGAUAUAAAAAAA